AUGUCGAAAAUAUUCUUGGCUGAUCCACAAACAGGCAAUAAUUAUCCCGGUGAUGAACAAACAGUAACAAAUUUACUUCGAGAAAAUGCUGCAUUAAUACGAACAAUAAAAGAAUUACAAAACGAAGGAAACGAUGAGAAUUUAUUUGAUUAUAUGAAACAAUUACAUCGAAAUAUUUUAUGGCUUAGUUUAUUAGCCGAUGAAACAUCAACGAAAACAACUAAUUAA